UCUUCCCCCAAAUUUUCUCCAAGUCACCGAUCUUAAAUUUUUUUUAUUCCUGCUCAUAGCAAUCAAUGAGUGGAGGGUCAACUUCUGCAUUUGGAUUCGGUCUGGAUCAGCCAGUCAUUUUAAAAUUCCAUUUUCUUAUUAACAAAAAAUCUGAGGCAGUACGAACUACUAAUUGAAACAUUAAUUUUUUAAAUGGCUACAUUAACUUUUGACUUAAUCUCAAUCUUCCCCUCCAUAAAUCCAAAUUUGACCUUCCUCCUCCUCUCUCCGAUCCUCGCUCGGAUUCGCCGGAGACGGCAUUCUGUCGUCAUCUCCACCUGACAUUAAGAUGUCAGUCGCAGUCGAAAUGUCGGAAACCACCGUCGAACGAGACAACGACGCCGAACCGUUGCUUGAUUCUAUAGAUCGAAAGGAGGAUCUUCUGACAACCACUGUCGAGGAAGAUUCUAGUUCAUCCAAUAAAAUUGGCCCUCAUGGGAACAAAUAUUCUAUUAGUUUAGUCAGAUGCUUUGGGGUGGACCUAACCCCAGAUAACAUUGCAAUUGCCAUGGUAUAUUUUGUUCAAGGUAUCUUAGGCCUUUCAGAUCUCGCUGUUAGCUUUUAUUUGAAGGACAACCUGCAUCUAGACCCUGCAGAGACAGCUGUGAUAUCUGGUUUCUCAUCAUUUCCAUGGCUUAUCAAGCCCUUAUAUGGAUUCGUCAGUGAUUCCUUCCCACUCUUUGGUUACCGAAGAAGAUCGUACUUGGUAUUAUCAGGACUCCUUGGCGCACUCUCAUGGUUUUUUAUGGCCACCUUUGUUGACAGCAAGUACGGUGCUGCUUUCUGCAUACUUAUUGGUUCUCUUUCUGUUGCUUUCUCAGAUGUUGUCGUAGACUCCAUGGUUGUUGAGCGGGCACGUGGUGAGUCUCAAAGCAUGUCAGGAUCUCUUCAGUCACUAUGCUGGGGUUCUUCAGCAUUUGGGGGAAUUGUCAGUUCUUACUUCAGUGGCUUCCUUGUGGAUUCUUAUGGUGUGAGGUCCGUUUUUGGUGUAACAGCAUUACUUCCGUUGAUAACAUCUGCAGUAUCUGUACUUGUGAAAGAGGAGCCUGUACAUGGCCCAGCAAGAGGUCUUUCUUUAGGCAAUGGCUUCUUUGAGAGUUCAAAAAGUAGCAUUUUCCAGUUAUGGGGAGCUGUUAAGCAGCCUAAUGUUCUUCUUCCCACGCUAUUUAUUUUCCUAUUUCAGGCAACACCACAGUCAGGUUCUGCUAUGUUUUAUUUCAUAACAAAUAAACUUGGUUUCACACCAGAAUUCUUAGGCCGCAUUAAGCUGGUUACUUCAGUUGCAUCACUGAUUGGUGUUGCACUGUAUAACAGUUUCUUAAAGAAAGUUCCUUUAAGGAAAAUAUUCCUUGUGACGGCUAUUAUUGGUUCAGCUCUUGGGAUGACUCAGGUUCUACUGGUAACCGGAUUGAACCGGCAGUUUGGCAUUAGUGAUGAGUGGUUUUCAAUUGGAGAUUCGUUGAUCCUAUCUGUUCUUGGUCAGGCUUUUUUCAUGCCUGUUCUUGUAUUAGCUGCAAGAAUAUGUCCACUGGGAAUGGAAGCAACUUUCUUUGCAACCCUUAUGUCCAUAGCCAAUGGGGGAAGUACCCUUGGGGGCCUACUUGGUGCAGGUCUAACUCAGAUGUUUGGAGUCACCAAGGACAGAUUUGACAACUUGGCUCUCCUAAUAAUUGUCUGCAACCUCAGCUCUUUGUUGCCUUUACCACUACUUCGCCUCCUUCCUCAAGAUGUACCUGAUUCAGAGGAGAAUACUGGUAUUGAGAUGAUAUCGUCUUAAAUUCCUGCCUUCUUUGCUUACCAUGAAGUUGCUCAUAUGGCCUCGGACAUGGUUAAUUGUUUUAACUUGCUUAACCGCAGCUUUUCAGGAUAACAGUAGGUGUGAAGUGUGAACUGACUCUCAUUUAAUUAGGAAUGCUAAUAUUGAAUGACUAAAGAUGAGUUACUAUCUCAAGUCAAUCACUUGAGACAAAAAGGAAAAAUUGAGGCUUUGUUUCCAAAUACGAAUAUAGGGGUCUUGUCUUGCUACUUGUUAGUUUUUGGACAAUUAAUCCGAGAUUGCCACUUCAGACUCUUCAUUGUUUUGUUCCAAAAGCUGUCACAUGGGAUGUCGGGAAGUUGGAAGUUGGAACAGUGUUAGACAAUCUAAUCAUUAGAUAAUCCGGGAAAAGGCCGCCCUCAAGAAGUAAUUCAUAGAUUAUACCAGUUCUAAUCAAUAACGUUACCUAACAAUUCCAAGAUUCCGAUCAUUUGGCAAUAUUUAGAACUCACUAAUCUGAUCAUCAACGACUACGUACAAAAUACAAGUGCUUAAUUUUUCUUCCUCCAUUCGUGUAGUUUUGACUAGCCAUUAUUGAAAAGUGUAAUGAUUAGUACUAUUAUUAGUAGUGGAUGUAAAUAACAAUAUAAUGGAUGGGGGAAUAAUGCUGCAUAAUAACCAAUGCGGUUUU